AUGACUACCAACAUCAACACAACAUUUCAUAUCAUAUCCGACUCACACGGACAACAAUUACUCUCAACUCCCCCGGCAGAACACAUCGACGUGGCCAUUCAUUGUGGCGACCUGACACAAGAGUCAAAAAUCAACGACGCUGACCUGAAACUAGUCAUUGCCGGAAACCACGGGUUUACUUUGGAUGCCGUGGCAUUCAAGAAGCUAGUUGCAAAUGCACCGCAACAAUUAGAGCCAGAAUUGGUUCGAAAUGGCGAUUAUGGUGAAGUUAGAAACUCCUUAUUUAAGACUGCUAAGGACGCUAAUAUCAUAUUAUUGGAUGAGGGCGGAAUCCUGGAUGUAACGGAGUUGCAGCAGAGAGUCGGCUGCCAGCAUCUAUUUCUAGCUGUUGCUCGUGCGCAGCCUCGUCUACACUGUUUCGGGCAUAUCCAUGAAAGUUGGGGCGCUAAGUUUGUAACUUGGAGGAGGAAUAUAGCGUCGGGUUCGAUGCCUUCUCAUUUCACGCAUAUUGACCAUUCAAAAUCGAGGGUCUUGGGUAACAUUUCGAGACUGAUUUUUGCAUGGCAAGACAAAGAUGUGAACUGUUUCUUGGCUGACUGCUAUUUCUUGGAACAGGAGACACAGACGUUAUUUGUCAAUGCAGCGCUCAAGGGAUCUCCGGUGCUGAUCAGGUACCCUGGAUUACAAGGAUUCCCCUACCUCGUGUACAGAAUGCACACGCUACUUGAAUUAUAUAUCGGCACACAUUGGAAUAUUCGAAAAUAUGUUUGA